AAUUAAUCAAAUCUUCAGCGGGAAUGGUUAUUUUACACUCUAGAAAAUAUCAAAUGUGGUUUGGUAUACUUUCGAUAUAAUUUAUAGUAUAUUUUCAAACAGAAGGGCCAUGAACAAGGCUUCGUGGAGCUCUAAGUGCUUCGGGGAGCACGAUGUAAAAACCUCUGAUCUAAAGAGUUUAAGAGCAUUUCUAAACAGAGAGAAAAUCCCCUACGGAAGGUUUCCGUGAUACUUCAGUGAUAUCAGUCAGUGGAGCACUUCAAUCAAGAACAGAUUGAUGCCUCAUACACUUCUACUGUUUCCUUUGGAUCAAGAUAACGUUGUAUUAUGUUGAUUUUAAAUUUUACUUUUCUGGCGUUAGUGCUUGUAAAUUCCUAUGUGAACGCCCAGACCUCCAGUUGCCUCCAAUGUUCUUCCGACGAUUCCGGAUGUGACGAAGGCACGGUGGCUCCUACCAACUGCCCUACCCCUAACGAUAGCUGCUACUCACUCACCCUAUCCGGAGGAUUUAUUCUGGAAAGAGGAUGUCUCGGGACACUAUCGGACGAAGAGCAGGCCCGGUGCGUGGAUCCGACCGAUAGAUCCUGCACGGUGUGUUCGGAACCGGGUUACAACAGGGCACGAUGGCCAGCGUGUCACCAGUGUUCCAAGUCCAGCAACAGCAAGUGUGCGUUCCAUCCCAAUCGAAUCGCGUUUUGUCGGAAUUAUAUGGAGGAUGAUCGGUGCUAUGCUCAAGUCGUUGGAGAUGAUGUGAUCCGCGGUUGCCAGUCAGAUCUUCCCGAAAAUGAAGAUCCAUGCAAAAGAAACAAAUAUUGUAUCACUUGCAGUGAUGGGGACGCCUGUAACGGGGCCGAUCAAGAUGUUCUGAAAACCGUAACGAGAUGCGUUCAGUGCAAAGAGGGCGAUUUCCGGUGUAUUGAUGGAACAACGACCAACAGUGAAUGCGAUGAACGGGAAGACAGAUGCUACAUCAAGAUGUGGCGGGAAGGUGAACUGGAUCGAGGUUGUGUUAAAAAGCUCAACCAGGAGGAGCAGCAACGGUGCAACGACGAGUCGGAUAGGUCAUGCUACAGUUGCUCCGGACGACAGUGCAACAAUCAUCGGUGGUUGCGGUGCUUCCAAUUUGGUCAAAUUUUAAUCGAUUUAAAUGUUUUUAGUUGUAUAAGAUCGGGAAUUUCUUCUAUUUUUUCAAAAUCAGAUUGCAUUGGUUCAAUGAUAUUCUUGAUUUAGUUGAGGAUGGGAUUUUUUUAAGUUUUGAAUAAUAAUUCAUGAUCAAAAUUAUUCAAAACAACAUUGAUUAAAUUAACAUGAUAUACUACUCUCACAUCACCAUGUUAUGUAAAGGAUUUGGUAUCCACAAGCACGGCAUAAUAAUUAAUAUAGUACACCAUGUCCACAAGGAUGUGGCCAUCUAUCGACUUGGACCAAAUGAACAUGUGACCUACCUUUUUUAAAAUUCCCUUAAUAGUAUCAUAACAAACAUUACAUAAAUUUCUUAUAUCUUAUGUAGUUAUAUAUAGAAUGUAAAAUCGAUUAUUUGGCCAAAUGAAAACCGUUCAAAUACAAAAAAAAUGAUUUGUCAAACACUAAGUUGGUGUCGCAAACCAUAGGUUAACUGAA